GUUUGGGAAAAUAUUCACAUUUUGGUUUGUGCUAAUUACACAUGUACACAUUAAAGUCCACAUGGGGAAUUAUAUGAUUAAAGUGCAUAAACAGUACUAUUACUUGCGCCUCGAAUAAUAAUUUAUUCCUUAUUUAAAUUAGGACUCGAUUUGCUUAGACGAACGUUUUGUAAAAGACAGAAUUUCGGAUACAUUUGUAGCCCGGAUAAGAAAAUGUCACUGUUAAAAUACAGAAACCUAAUCAAGUUGCACAAAUCUUUGGUGCAUAUAUGCUUCAGGAAUAAAUUGAACUGUCGAGUCCACACAGAUGCCGUGACUACUUCUGCAGAUCAUCCAGAAUUUGAUGUGAUAGUUGUAGGUGCUGGCCAUGCAGGAGCCGAGGCAGCUGCAGCUGCUGCACGAAUGGGCAGGAUGACACUACUUGUAACUCAUAAAAAAGAGACAAUAGGUGAGAUGUCAUGCAACCCAUCAUUUGGAGGUGUUGGGAAAGGACAUCUAAUGAGGGAAAUCGAUGCCUUAGAUGGACUUUGUGCUGUAGUUUGUGAUAAAUCUGGAAUACAUUACAAAGUGUUAAAUAAAAGCAGAGGACCUGCUGUUUGGGGACCUAGAGCUCAGAUUGACCGGAAGUUAUACAAAAAACAUAUGCAGGAUAUAGUUUUAAACAUGAAGAAUAUAACAGUGAAAGAAUCUCCUGUAGAGGACCUUAUUUUGGAAGAUUCCAGGACUGAAAACAAUCCUUUCUGCAAACAGUCAUGUAGAGGAGUAGUUUUAGAAUCUGGUGAGACGGUUUACAGUAAGACGGUUGUCUUGACAACUGGAACAUUUCUGAGAGGUUGUAUCAACAUCGGUCUGUCUGUGACUCCGGCUGGAAGGCUAGGUGAUGCUCCUGCUAUUGGGCUAGCAAGAAGUCUUGAAGAAGCUGGAUUUAAUGUAGGAAGACUGAAAACAGGAACACCACCUAGACUCGACAAGAGCUCAAUAGACUUUAGCCAACUUUAUAAACAGAAGGGAGAUAACCCUCCUGAGCCAUUCUCCUACCUAAAUGAUCAAGUCUGGAUAAAGGCAGAUGAACAGAUAUAUUGUCACAUAACACAGACCAACAGCCAGAUUGAAAAGCUUGUACAGGACAGUUUGCAUCUCAACAAACAUGUGAAGGAAGAGCUGAAUGGGCCAAGGUUUUGUCCGUCAUUGGAGUCAAAAGUUCUAAAAUUUCCUGGCAGAACGCAUCAAGUAUGGCUGGAACCAGAAGGUUUUGACAGUGACUUGAUAUAUCCAAAUGGCCUGGGUUGUACUAUGCCUGAAUAUUAUCAACAGCAGAUUGUCAAUUGUAUAGCUGGUCUGGAAAACUGUAAAAUAGUCAAACCUGGUUAUGGUGUGGAGUAUGAUUAUAUUGACCCGAGACAACUGAAACCAUCACUAGAAACUUUGCUUGUAGAGAACCUGUUUCUAGCAGGGCAGAUAAACGGUACAACUGGUUAUGAAGAGGCAGCUGCACAGGGAGUGAUAGCGGGUAUAAAUGCUGGAUUGAAGGCGGAGGACAAGGAACCAUUUAUAGUGGACAGAACGGAGGGAUAUAUCGGAGUAUUAAUUGAUGACCUGACUACGCACGGUACUAAUGAGCCGUAUCGUAUGUUCCCAAGUCGGGCAGAAUUCAGAAUCUCAUUGAGGGCUGAUAAUGCUGAUACAAGACUUACAAAAAAAGGUUUUGAAGCUGGCUGUGUUAGUGAGCACAGGUACAGCACCACAACACAAAUUGUAGAUAAACUAGAAGAAACCAUAGCCUUGUUAGAGUCCAUCAAAAUACCAGCCAACCAAUGGACAAAGAUACAACAUUCAGAGUUCGUCAAAGACCGUACAACAACUAAAAGUGCUUUUGAAGCCUUACAAUUAAGAGGUGUUACUAUGGAAACAUUAAUUGAGUUACUACCAGAUCAACUUGGACAUCUGAGAGAUGAUUUUCAACUUGCUACCAGACUAGACAUUGAAGCUAAGUAUAAAGUACAGAUUGACAGACAGUUGGAAGAUAUCAAUGAAGUCAGAAAAGAUGAACAACUUGUCCUGCCAGAGAAUUUAGACUACUUAAGUAUACCUAGCAUGUCAACUGAUGCCAGGUUAAAACUUGCAGAGUGCAGACCACAUACAAUUGGUGCAGCCAGCAGAAUACCUGGGAUGACCCCUGCUGCAAUUGUUGUACUUCUUAAAUAUGUGAAAUAUAAGCACAGACAGGAAGAAUCUAUAGGAUGAUUGUCACUAGCUGCUAAUUUAUGAAAUACUAUGUUUUUACCAGCGAGAUAUAAACCAUAUCACUCACAGCAUAUCACCCACAGCAUAUCAGGCUAUCCAAAUUUUGUAUAAUUAUGUCCCCUUUUCUUCUCAAAACAUAGGGUCUGUGUAAAUGCGUUUUCAACAUCUCCAGAAUCCUGGAGGUCGACCUAUAUCUCAGGUCGAGCUAUUACAGCUGAUACUGAUCAUGUUACAUGGCGAGGUGAUUCUAGAUAAUCAGAGCCCAAAACUGGUGAAGUCAGAAUAAAUAACAGAGUUAUUUUUUUUAAAAAGAUUAUCUAGUCGGUAGCAAGACUAAUCACUCUCUGUGAUGGAUGUAGAUUUGCCAAUAUAUGUGUGCAUUUUGUAUUAAUUUGAAGUUUUCCCCCUGGAAAACAGGAUGAAAUUGCAGUUGCGCCUUGUUCUUUGCAUUUAAGCCUCCAUUUCGGAAUCUUGCGAAGAAGUUGCAAGUUAUUUAAAGUAAAUAACCCACACAUAAAUCUGAAAAAAAUGGACUUUGUUUGUAUAUUCACUUUUAUCUCAUAUAUAUAUGGCAUUAUCAGUAUGAACUUUUAUUGUACCCCCCGACAACAAAGUUGUAAGGGGGUGGUAUACUGGUUUCAGGUUGUCUGUCUGUCUGUCCGUCUGGCCGUCUGUCCGUAGAUGCAAUCUUGUGCGCACCAUCUCUCCUUAUCCCCUUGACAGAAUUUAAUGAAACUUCACACAAGUGAUCGGUACCAACAGUAGUUGUGCAUGGGGCAUGUUAGGUUCUUUCAGAAAAAAAAUUUGCAGAGUUAUGGGACUUUGUUUUUUUGUUACUAUACUAUAUACAUAGACACAAUCUUGUGCGCACCAUCUCUCCUCAUCCCCUUUACACAAUUUAAUGAAACUUCACACAAGUGAUCAGUACCAACAGUAGUUGUGCAUGGGGCAUGUUAGGUUCUUUUAGAAAAAAAAUUUGCAGAGUUAUGGGACUUUGUUUUUUUGUUACUAUACUAUAUACAUAGACACAAUCUUGUGCGCACCAUCUCUCCUCAUCCCCUUGACACAAUUUAAUGAAACUUCACACAAGUGAUCAGUAACAACAGUAGUUGUGCAUGGGGCAUGUUAGGUUCUUUCAGCAAAACAAUUUGCAGAGUUAUGGGACUUUGUUUUUUUGUUACUAUACUAUAUACAUAGACACAAUCUUGUGUGCACCAUCUCUCCUCAUCCCCUUGACACAAUUUAAUGAAACUUCACACAAGUGAUCAGUACCAACCCCAGUUGUGCAUGGGGCAUGUUAGGUUCUUUCAGCGAGAAAAUUUGCAGAGUUAUGGGACUUUGUUUCUUGUUAACAUACUAUGUAUAUACAGUCUGCAUAUGCAAUCUUGUGCGUGCCUAAUCUACCAAACCCUUACACACAAUUUAAUGAAACUUCACACAAGUGAUCAGUACCAACCCUAGUUGUGCAUGGUGCAUGUUACAUUCUUUUAGAUAAAUAUUCUGCAUAGUUAUGAGACUUUGUUUUUUGUUACUAUACUGUAUACAUACAGUCUAUAUACAUACAGUCCACAUAAUUAUGUAAUCUUGUGUGCAUCAAAUUGCAAUGUACUGUGUCAGUGCAUGCGGGGGGUACAUUCAUCACCUUUAGUGAUAGCUCUAGUUAACUUUCACAAGAGUUCUCAUAUACAUGUACAUAUAUAGGAAAUAAAACAGUUGAUUUUUGAAAAGGCAAGGAAAGGAAAAAGACAUGCACCGAGGUAGAACCACUGACCAUCUUUAAGCCAGCUCGAUGGCUUGUUGACUUGGAAGAACUCUACACCCCAGGUGAGGUUUCAAAACUACAGCGGUGAGGGGCAAGUGAUUCAAAGUCAGUGACCUGUCAGAUUGUAAAUAUCUGUAAUAAUUGUUAGAUGCAUGAGAGGUUGUCAUUUUAACAUCUAGAUUUGCUUUAUGACUGAAAUAUAUAUUAAAAUGUUAA